UGACCGAAACCCGCUGCCACGGGGUGAAGUCGCGGAUUCGUCACCCCAUGCAGCCCUGGUCGCUUCAGUGCCACCCACACCAACGACCCGACUUUUUCCAUUCGAUGCGCCCGUCGCUGCGUGUGGGGUGGGCGGUGCCUCUCUGUCUUCCUCGCUCUGUGUCUGCCCCUCACACCCCCCCCUCCCGGGCGAUCUGACGAUCCUUCCCGGCAGUCCUCGAGAGCGCGGGUGCACCUGAGCCGCCGAGCGGACGGGCGUCGCGCCGACACACACAAGGAUGAGAAGCGCAAAUGCCCGCCCGGCUCGACACACGUGAGAUGACGGAGGAGGCGCUGCGCAUCUCGCCCUCGUCUGGACGCGGCCGCCGCCUUUGAUGCGCGUUUGUGAAGCCUUUCUCGCGCUGAGCCGGUGCGAUGUAAUGGGAGCAGUGGGAUUGCCGCCGCCGCCGCCGCCGCAGCAGCAGCAGGAAGGACGCAGGGGGAUGGGAAGCUACUAGCCGUCAAACCAGCCAGCCAUCCGGGGGUCUCCGUCACCGGCCACCAUGUAGGCAGCCGCGGGGCCGGCGGCGUGCGUUGUGGAGUUGGCGUGCGGCGGGAUCGGCAGCGAGGCUCUCGGCACUCUCUCUGUCUUCUCGGCACGGGAGGGACUCGCCGGCCGCCUUGCAUGCGGAUGUGUGGCCCGCCGACGAACUGACGCCUCUUUCGUGUGCUUCAUCUUCUUCUUCUCCUUUUCUUCUUCUUCAUCCUUUCGGACUGCGGGGCUUGUGGAGCAGCGCGAGCGACGGGCCAGGGGUUCCUUGAUGCCAUGGUUUUCUGAAUCGGCCCUACGAGCUCUAAAAUGUGGAGGUCUCCCUGCGCAACCGGGGCUCCUGUUUGGAUGAGAAAUGGACCCCUGGACACCCCGCUGGACUGUCCGCGUCGCCUUGUGAAGGAUGUCCCUGAGCAGCGCGCAGGCCCAGGACUGCAGUGAGAUCCCCAGCCAGAGAGAGCAAAUCCGGAGCCGCAUGAAGAUGGUGAUCGAGCAGCUGGAGGGGAUCCUCGUGGAGCUCAAGGAGGUGGCCAGGGAGCUCCGAGAGGUGGUUGGACAGAUUGACAAGCUGACAUCGGACUUUGAUUUUGACCUCGAGCCAGAUGACUGGACGGUGGCCACAGCAAGCAGCACGUCGAGCAGCGAGAGGGGGCUCGGUGACACCUUUUCAAGGCUGGACUUUCUCACGCCUGACAUCCUCUCUGACAGCUGGGAAUUCUGCAGCUUCCUGGAGACGCCGGCAGUGAUGGCCGCAACCCCCGAGCAGCCCACCUACGAGCAGAUGAACGGUAGGGUAGUCCCUAAUGGACCUGUGGCGGUCACGCCCGACUCUUCGAGCGAGGAGGCCGUCGGCUCGACCCAUACGCACAAAAGCUCAUCCAGGACCUCUGGCACACGGGAGCGAGUGCGCUUUAGUGACAAAGUCCUCUACCACGCCCUGUGUUGUGAUGACGAUGAGGAGGGGGCGGCUGACGAGGGCGGGGGGUCUCCAGAGGUGGACAGCGACCAAAGCCAGAACGCUCCGUCGGCCAACCCCCUGAACUGUCCGGGUGCUUUGUCCCCAGUCCUGACAGCAGCCAAAAGGGGGCCCAGCACGGGACCCCGGAAGAAAGUGCUCCGCAACAGCAGCACGCAGACCGUCUCGGACAAAAGCACGCAGACUCUGCUGCCCUACGUCCCGGCCAAGCCCAAGGCCAAGGAGCCGAACUGACGAGAGCGACAGAGAGCUGGACGAGUGGAGAGCGGACGUGGCGUGUAGCUAAUAAAUGGCAAAUGGCUUGACUACCUAACAUCAUUCUGAGGCUCAGGGAAUUCAGAAAUACUCAAAUAAUUUUACUUGUGCGUGUGCGUGCGUGCGUGAAUGAGUGUGUGUGUGUGUGUGUGCGUAUCCACGUGGGGGCGCCGUCCUUCACGGCAGCACUGGUGAGGCGCUUGCCCUCAGAAUGGCGUCCUGAAGCCGGUGACGAGUGGUCUGCAGAAAUGUGCCGCUGGGGCCUUCGCCCAUCACACAUUCCUGGACGGUCCCGUUUCCCAGUGGGCAAGCUCAGCACCUUUGCCCAUUUGACGCCUGUCUGAUGCCGGGAUUUGCCUAAUUUGAUGUGACGUUUGUCCGGCGAGCAGAGUGCUUGUUGGCGAAUGCUGGGAAACAAGAAGCACAUAAAGCCACAUUCCUGGGGCCUGGUGAGCCCAAAUCUAGCAGAGCUUCUUACGGAGCGCGUGACGCCUCUCGGGCACGCUGCCACCCUCCACGUCGGUCCAGAAUGUGCUGGUGUCGCCUCCCGUGUGGCAGCGUGGUGGACGCUAUCGUUUCUGUUUGCACGUUUUCUUUCCAUUCCUUCACAGGGUGCUUCCAUAUUGAGUUCCUUCACAUAAGCAGUUAAUGGGCUGCGUGGAGAGCGGUGGGCCACACACUGGUGGGCAGCUCGUGUGUAUUUUCAAUAAAACACUUCUUUUCCGUC